UAGCGGCCGUUGCUGGAAGCGCUACACGCAGAACUCGGCUCUGAAGAUGGCGGAGGGGGAAUUAAACGUCGACAGUCUCAUUUCUCGGCUUCUUGAAGUGCGAGGAUGUCGUCCUGGGAAGAUCGUUCAGAUGACGGAAGCAGAAGUUCGAGGACUCUGCAUUAAAUCUCGAGAGAUCUUUCUCAGUCAGCCCAUCCUGCUGGAGUUGGAGGCUCCACUUAAAAUCUGUGGUGACAUCCAUGGCCAGUAUACAGAUUUGUUGAGGUUGUUUGAAUAUGGUGGUUUUCCACCGGAGGCGAACUAUCUCUUUCUGGGUGAUUAUGUGGACCGAGGGAAACAAUCUUUGGAGACCAUCUGCCUCCUACUGGCCUAUAAGAUCAAAUACCCCGAGAAUUUCUUUCUCUUGAGGGGAAACCACGAGUGCGCCUCCAUCAACCGGAUCUAUGGCUUCUAUGAUGAGUGCAAGCGCAGGUUCAAUAUAAAACUCUGGAAGACUUUCACAGACUGCUUCAACUGCCUCCCAAUUGCUGCCAUCAUAGAUGAGAAGAUUUUCUGUUGCCAUGGAGGUCUCUCUCCUGAUCUGCAGUCAAUGGAACAGAUACGUCGGAUUAUGCGACCAACUGACGUCCCAGAUACAGGGUUGCUGUGUGAUUUGCUGUGGUCGGACCCAGAUAAGGACGUUCAGGGAUGGGGGGAGAACGAUCGUGGCGUUUCAUUCACUUUCGGUGCUGACGUAGUCAGCAAAUUCCUCAACCGCCACGAUCUGGACCUAAUCUGCAGGGCGCAUCAGGUGGUUGAAGAUGGUUAUGAGUUCUUUGCAAAGCGGCAGUUGGUCACUCUGUUCUCGGCGCCAAACUACUGUGGGGAGUUUGACAAUGCCGGUGGAAUGAUGAGUGUGGAUGAGUCACUCAUGUGCUCUUUUCAGAUCCUGAAGCCAUCAGAAAAGAAGGCAAAGUAUCAGUACAGCGGGGUCAACUCAGGGCGACCUGUGACCCCGCCCCGUACGGCCCAAGCCCCCAAGAAGAGGUGAGCGGCUCGCCACCCAGAACCACACCCUCCAUCCCCACCACCUUCAGCAAACUACCCCUAUCUGGGGCAGCUUUACCUUCCCAAUUCCCCUCCGAAAUCUCUCUACUCGCCCUGCCAAACUUCUUUCUCUUUUCUUAAAACUUGUGUACAGAAAUGUUGCUGUGUCCAGGCGGAUUCUCUUUUCUUUUGCUGUGCUUGUUUGUUUAUUGGUAUUUUAAUAACAUAAAUAAUAAUAAUAAUACUUCUUUGGGAAGCAACUCUUGAGGUGCUCUACAAAAAACCCAGAGCAAAACACACACUCAUUCUCUCACACGAAGAUCUCAGUAGUGUCCUGAUAUAUAAGCAUUUUAUUAAACUUUACUUCAGUAUUCUUUGAUUAUUGAACAUUAAUGCUGAUUCAUAAAGAAAGAGUGACGAUUGUAAGUAUUUGAAGGUUGUUACACUAGGCUUUCACGCACACACAAACUCACACUUAACUCUGCCAGGGUGCUUGAUCACAGGUCAGCAGAUACUUUACAUGAAUACGGACACAAUCCAUUGUUGAUAAACUAGGUCAAUGUGGACAAAGCUAGAAAAGGGAUUUUAACUCGGAUACCGUGACAUGCACACAUUUUCACAGCUGCAUUUACAAAUGGCA